AUGGAAGAAAGUAGUUCAGGGUGCAAUCCAACUCCCUUCCAAACCUACCACCACCAUCCCAUUGCACUUGCACUUGCACCACACAUCACCUCCUUUCCCAACACCACCCAGUAUCAGAGGAGAAAAAAUAAAGCAAGAAUGUCAGAUCCUUCUCUAUCCCGCAAGAUCCGUCUUCGAAUCGUCACCAAAUCCCCGCUUCCCGAACUGCAUUUCCUUGCGCCGUUCAAUUACGAUGAUGGUUCCCAUGCUUUCCAGAAGCUGCAGCGCUCUGUAUACUCUCAUUUGAAAUCCAGAGGUGGUGAGGGUGCGGGAAUGGAGCGGUGGCGGAACGAGCAGUUGGUAUUUAUGAUGGAUACUUUCGAGGUGCCAUUUGAUGAUCCGGAGCUUUUGAGGGAUGGUGAUUUGGUUGACGUUCAUCUCAAUCCUCAGUCGAUUAGAAGGGUUUGUGAGGGAGGAGAUCAUGCUGAUCAGGGUGGCGAAGCAGAGGAGGAGGAAGAGGAGGAGGAGGAGGAGGAAGAGGAGGAGGAGGAGGAGGAGGAGGAAGAGGAGGAGGAGGGGGAAGGGCUAGAUGCAGAAGAAAGGGAAGCAGUGCUAGAAGCUAAGCGUAUUGCAGCUAUACUUGGUGUUGGGAUGCAGAGUAUUGCUCAAGAGGAUGAAGAGGUAGUGACCAAGGCGAGGCUGGGACAGGUUGAUGAUUUGCCUCGGAUGCCCAAUUCUUCUUGCCUGGGGCCAUCUAAGCUUGCGAAAGUUCUACCAUCGUUUCCAACAAUGUCAGCAAUACCAAUGCCUCCACCAAGCGGCGUUGGAGGAGGAGGAGGAGGAGCAGCAGCAGCAUUAGCAGCUUUCGAAACGAGACGCAAACAAAUGCAACUUCAACCACCAAUACGAAACGCUCUCCCGGGACCUUCCAGGAAGAGAGCUCGCUCAGAACCGUCUUCUUCUUGCUCUUGCUCUGGCUCUGGCUCUGGCUCUGGCUCUUGCUCUUCUUCCAGCAGCUCCAACUCCAGCUCUGCUUCUAGCUCCGACUCGGACUCUUGCUCCAGCAGCACCUCUUCCUCAAGCAGCGAUACAGGAUCGGAUUCAAUCCACUCGUCCCACUCAGCUCCGUCUGAGCAUCACACUGUAACAGAUCGAAACGGUUUCCAUGCCAACACACACAGCUCACAGCAAGAGCAGAACCUAGUCCCGCCCGGCUUGGGCACCAACCGCACAAAAAGACGCAACGCAAUCAGGCGCGCAAAGGUUCGACUCGAACGCCAAGCUGAGAACGUAGACAACUUUCUCAAGGCUCGUCAACGAGCUGCUCAGCGCGAGCUGAUCUGCGUUCAGGACGGCGAAGCGAUGGGCAAGAUGCAGGGCUCCUCUUCUUGCCUCUUUGCUUCUGCGGGUUCGGGUUUGCGUUUGCCGCAUGGAGGAGCAAGUCUCGAUCUAACUACAGUAGAGAUGGAGAAAGGGAUCAAGAGAAAGAGAGACCAGACACCAUCUUCGCUAUUAAGACCAGCACAACCAACAUUGGAGACAGCGGAACAAGGGAAAUCGCCAUAUGCGGGAAAAGUGCCCGAGAAUCUCGUCGUUAGCCAUGUUGAUUGUCAAGGAUACUACGAUCAGGAGGUGGAGAGGUUGCAAGCUGAAACCAUGUAUCGUGAUAAGGGAGAAGGGAGGAGGAAGCCGGUCGAGGGAAAAGGAAAGCCUGGUGUAAUGCAGGUCGAGGAUAGGAAUACAAAGCUUGCUUUUCUCCUGCAUUAUGGCUUGCCUGAUGAAGAGCAACAUGGGCCACGCAAGAAAGCUCGAUUGGAGCCGAGCCAAGAAGCUAUCACUCUCAACACAGACACUCGUUGUGCUUUAGCUAGCUCUGAAGUCGAAGCGUCAGCUAACUCCACCAACACUUGCUCCUCAAGCGAUGAAGCAACACACUCUAUCCGCAACUCAGCUCUUAACUCCAACCAGGCGCACACAGACUGCGACGUAGUUUGGAAGCGAAUCAAAUGCAAAUACACACCUUCGCAACUUGCUUCACUCGAGCCUACUUCUGCUAUCGAAAGUCAUAACAGAUGGCAACUCGUCCAUAAAGCACAUGCACUCUUAGUACGUUCCAUAGCCAUCCACCCACUCACAAAAUCUCCCGAGAUAAUGAACAGUGUCUCAGUAGUAACGCAAGCCGAGUUCGGAACAACACAUGCUACCCUCCAAACUCUAGGUCCUCUACUCCAACGUUCACAAUGGGAGGAGUAUCAACUUCAAUCUGAACAAUGGCAGUCGAACGAACAGAGACUAUUUUGGCCCUUGCAUCUUUAA